ACAAUUCUCAAUAACAUAAACAUGACGUGUAAAUGUAUAACCUACGUCUAGAAUUGUUUUCCUCUUGUUCAACUUGAUUGCAAAAGUUGAGGUUUACAGGGUUGGAAUAUUUUAUUUUGUGUUUUGAAAUUUAUUUAUAUACCAGUCAAAAUGGUUUUGAUGACAAUGAUUGCUAGGAUAGCUGACGGUUUACCCCUGGCAGCUACAAUGCAGGAAGAUGAACAGAGCGGUAGAAACAUUUUAGAUUACCAAAACCAAGCCAAAAUGCUCUUUAGGAAAUUGGGACCUCAAUCACCACCACGAUGCACAAUAGAAACAGGGCCUUACUUAUUCCACUAUCUAAUAGAGUUUAAAGUUUGUUAUUUGGUUCUAUGUGAGAAAAACUAUUCAAAGCGAUUGGCUUACUCUUAUUUGGAGGAUAUUGCACAAGAGUUUCAUUCACAAUAUGGAAAGAGAGUAUCAGAGGUUGCACGACCAUAUUCCUUCAUAGAAUUUGACAAUUACAUUCAAAAAGCGAAGAAAAUUUUCACUGAUUCAAGAUCGAGACGGAACUUGAAUGCUAUAAAUAAUCAAUUGCAAGAUGUUCAACGAAUUAUGGUCCAGAAUAUAGAUGAUGUUCUUCAAAGAGGAACCAUACUUUCAGAAUUAGAUACCAAGACACAGAAUCUAUCCAUUCUAAGUCAAAAAUACAAGAAAGAUGCAACAUAUCUUAACACCAAAUCUUUUUAUGUCAAGCUUGCCGCUGGUGGAGUUGUAUUAUUGGUAUUCUUCCUCUAUUUCUGGGUCUUGUAGAGGGCAUAACUGAAUCACAUUCAUAAAUGGUUACUCUGGAUUAUAUUGGGUCAUAGGUCUACUUAGAGACAUAAAUGAAUUACAUUAAGCUGAAUAAUGCAAGAAGUAUUAUUGUGAGCAUGGUUGAACCGCAAAAAGUUUGUAAAUUUAAAUUAUCCAAUCUACAAUUUUGGCAUAAUACCCUGUAAAAAAAUUUGGUGAUUCGAUUUAGAUUUAAUGCUUAUUUGUAUUCGUAAUUAUUCAACAUGUACAUACCUAUAAAAUUUUUAUGAGUCA